AUGAGUUCCCCUGGCAACCAGGAGUCCCAGCCGGGACAGGAGCCGAAGGGUGGCGGUCAACCUCACAGUGGUAUUGAGAAGAGACCAGGGUCUCCUACAGGAAGUUGUGUGUCCAUGAGGAGUGACCAGUCAAUGGAUGAGCCCCUCAAGUUCAAAGGGGCGGGGCCUGCACCUCAAUUAAGUGGUAUUGAGAAGAGACCAGGGUCUCCUACAGGAAGUUGUGUGUCCAUGAGGAGUGACCAGUCAAUGGAUGAGCCCCUCAGGUUCAAAGGGGCGGGGCCUACACCUCAACUAAGGGACCCUGCUUUACCUAGAGUCCCAGCUAGGAGUGGUCAGUCACUAGACUCUGGUGUGUCCAGAGCUCCAUCCAUGAGGAGUGAUUUGUCAAAAGACGACCCUCCUCAAAUGGCAGAGGAGGAAAGGGAACAAGAAGUAGGAUGGGAACAAGACAGCGAUGGACAGGCCAAGAUGUUGGAUCUAUCUCAUAUUUUCAAGGUGCUUGAGGAGAAGAUCUUCACUUUUGUAAAGAACGAGCUGCAGAGAUUUAAACACAGCUUUAGUCUAGACUCCAAGGAAAACUUCACCAAAAUAUCAGAGGACGAAACUGAUGCCAGAGAAGGGGUUCUCAAGAUGGCGCUGCACUUCCUUCGUAAGAUGGAGUACCAGGAUCUUGCUGAUAAACUGAAUGAAAGUAAUCUGUUCCCAUCUUCUCUAAUCUGGAUAACCUCUCGACCAGCAGCAGUUGGCAAAAUCCCUCCUCAGUGUAUUGACCUGGUGACAGAAGUGCAAGGAUUCAAUGACUCCCAAAAGGAAGAGUACUUCAGGAAGAAGAUCAAUGAUAAGAGUCUUGCCAGCGGAAUCAUAUCACACAUUAAAUCAUCAAGGAUCCUCUACAUCAUGUGCCACAUACCUGUGUUUUGCUGGAUUGCUGCUACGGUUCUUGAGAUUAUUCUUUCUUCUGGACAUACACAGAUCCCAAAGACUUUGACAGAAAUGUACACAUUCUUCCUGACUUUUCAAACAAGACAGAAGAACAUUAAAUUUGACAAUGUCCAUGACCUUGAGCCACAAUGGAACCAUAAGCUGAUCCUAAAUCUCGGAAAGCUGGCCUACAAACAGUUAGAAAAGGGAAAUCUGAUCUUUUAUGAAGACGACCUCAGGGAAUGUGGCAUUGAUGUUAAAGAUGCAGCAGUGUACUCAGGAGUAUGCACCCAGAUCUUCCGAGAAGAAUCAGGGAUCUUUCUGGGAACAGUGUUCUCCUUUGUGCACCUCAGUAUCCAGGAGUAUCUUGCCGCCCUGUAUGCAUUUCUGAAGAUGGCAUUUGGAAGGAAAGACGUAAUAUCAACAGCCCCUCAAAAAGCAGAGUCCAUGAUCCUCUUGCAUAAGAGUGCUGUGGACAAAGCUUUGGAUCAUGAAGAUGGACGCUUUGACCUUUUCCUCCGUUUCCUUCUUGGCCUCUCUCUGGACUCAAAUCAGUCUCUCCUGCAUGGUCUGAUCAGUAGAGGACAGGUGGGCAUCAAGGGGAAGAUCAGGACUGCUCUUGGCCUAGCUGGCCAUCAAGGUCAACUGGAGAAAUGGCAGAUGGACAAUGACCAAACAAUCAGGUACAUUAAGGACAAGAUAAAGGAUGUUUCCUCAUCAGAAAGAAUGAUCAACCUCUUCCACUGCUUGAAUGAACUCAAUGACCACUCCUUAGUGGAGGAGAUCCAGAGGUUCUUGAAUGCAGGCAACCUGUCUGAAGCCCAACUCUCGCCUGGCCAAUGGUCAGCUCUAGUGUUUGUGCUGCUGACAUCAGACCAGAAUCUGGAUGUGUUUGACUUGAAGAAGUACGUCAGAUCUGAUGAAGCUCUCCUGAGAUUAAUGCCAGUAGUAGAGGAAUCCCACACAACUCUGGUUGAUAGCUGUGGGCUCACUAAAACGAGUUGCAAAACACUUGCCUCCAUGAUCUGCAAGCAAUCAUCAAAGCUGAGAAAUCUGGAUCUCAGUGGAAACCAUAUUGGAGAUGGCGGAGUCAAGAGGCUGUGUAGUGGCCUGAGGAACCCAAACUGUUCACUGGAGACCCUGAGACCUAGUUUCCACUGCAGUCUGAUAAUAUAA